UUGGGUGGGAGGUCACGCCGCCCAACAAUUCAAACGCGACCAACAGGUCUAUCGCAGCUUCACAUAUCAAAAUGGAUUGCAUCGCAAGAGGUGCCUGUUGAUUGACUCUCUGGCUGUGGCUGCUGCUGUGAGUGAAGCCUGGCUACCUGUGGAGCCACUCCCGGUCGUGGUCGCGCGCUACAAGCGCUGCAGUUGCAUCCAAGAGGGAGAGAGAGAGAGAAAGACAGCGGUGAGUCUUGCGUCGGUCGGUAUCUCGACGAGGUGGGAGCUACGCGUUGAGGAGAUGCAUCGCGCCUACCACCACCACCACCACCAGCAGGAAGAAGAAGAGCGCCGGGACGACGAUGGGUACGACGAGGAUUGGGACGAUGACGUGUACUACGCCGCAGCGGCCAGGCCCGUGUUCCAAACACUCCGCGAGACCCAAAGAUUCAAGCCGUUUGUGUGUCUUCACGCGACGAUCCGCUACAACGCGGGGCCCCGGUCUCCUCUCGCUGCCCCUCGGCUCCAGGUGCCAAACAUGCGACACCUGCGGGCAAUGAGACCCACACCGACACGCGCCGCCGCCGCCGCCGCCGCCGCCGCCGCCGCCGGGGACGCCUUUCCGCUAGGCGGCCCCUUCCACGACCUCCUCAACAACAGCAACCAAGGCCGCGACCUCUCCUCGCCCAGGGCAAGCGUUAGCACAGACCCAAGCGAUACGCCGUCUUCGUCCACGGCGUCCCUUGGCGACGGCAGCGGCGGCAGCGUGCCCCCGCUGGGACAGCUAACGCCCCCGUCGCUGCCUGCGGGAGCGGACGGGGCGGGGGUAGGCGUGGGGGCCGGUGAUGAUGGUUCUGCAACCCAGGGGACGAUGUUCACGAGCCACCGGACUGCAGAAACGCCUGUCGCCGUCGCCUGGCCCUCGCUUGGCGCAAGGGACAACAGCAACAACAACACCCACGCUGGCAUCAAGGUAGCGGUGCGCCAGCGCGAAGGGAACGAGAGCAGCCUCGUGCACUUGAGGGACUCGCCGAGGCGGCGACGCGGCGGCAGGGACGACGCCAACCGCCCGAGCAACCGAACACAGCUCGAGGGUAAGAUGGCAUCGUCGUCGCCGCCUUCGACGGCGGCGGCCGCCACCGGGCGGGGGCAACAAGGGCCCCGGAGGCCUACCACGCCAACAUCGUCAUCGCCAGCGGCAGUCGCCGCGGGCGUGGCGGCGGGUGUUGCCCCUGCUUGUUCGGCCGGCGGCGGGAAGAGGAAGAGGCCGGCAUCGGCGACCGGACAGAGGUAG